GGGCUCUUACCGCUACAUGUAUAAUAAUAAUACUAUUAUAAUUAAGCUACACAUUUUCGCAAAACUGACCAGCAAUAAUGAUGAAGCCAAGACAGCUAUUAUGUAAGACUCUGCUUGCAGUGGGCUGCUUGCAAAUGGUGAUUGUGUUGGUGUCUGGGCAACCAACUGGCAAAGUGUGUCCUCCAGUAGCUGGAGCACCAGGGUGUGUGUGUGACCAUCCGGAUGGGAAGAUUGACGUCAGACCACUUGCUAACUCUGAUGGCACUCCAAAGUACACAAAUCUGACUGACCCAAAUAAGUACCCCUACAGCAUUAAUCCUUGCACUCCUUUCUCUGUAAAGGGAGGGUGCACCAACGUAUUUAUCUGUCAAGGAGAUCCACAUAUUGCCGGUGAAUUUUAUAGCAUUGCUGAUAAUGGCACCGAAAAAAUCUACAUAGACACUGAUAAUAAAGUUUACCUCUACUACACCACUUCAGUCAGAUUUGCAAAAAUCUAUCUGGAGUGUGAUAAAUCGGUUACUGGUACACCACAGUGGGACAUCAAGGGGGACAGUGCAGUAGUUCUCCAUUAUGAAUUCACAAUGAAACAUGCUAGUGUAUGCCCUGGGGGAUUCAGGGGCCGGGGUGGAGGCUCAAACGAGAUUAAAGGACUGUGAGGACACUGCCUCACGACUAGUCACGAGACGCUGAACACUAUAUUUACUAUAAUUGUGGCUAACUAUUAUAGUACUAGUAUAACUAUAGGCUUGUCUAGUUACUUGCUUUACUACAUCUUAGGCCGUUAACAGCGGUUUUUGUACCACAAAGUCAAUAAUAUCUGUCUAGCUACCAUCAAA